AAGUUAGCUUUGGGAAGAAAGACAAAGGAUCCAUGGAGGGACACCAUGCUAUGGACAGUAGCUUGUACAGAGCUGCCAUGAAUGGAGACAUUGAUGUUCUCAUAAACAACAAGGACAACCUCGAAAACAAGUUCACUCCGAACAACAACACCGUCCUCCAUGUCGCGACACAAUUCGGGCACAUCCAGUGUGCGAUGGAGAUCCUAAACAUGUGCCCCUCGAUGUACCGGAAAGUGAACUCGAGGGGGGACACUGCCCUCCACGUAGCGGCCAGGGAAGGGCACUCGACCUUGGUGCUGGCCCUGAUUGAGUACGCGAAGGCGCUCAACGAGGAGAUGGAAAACGGGGCUGGGACCGCGAAGGACAUGAUGAGGGUGGCAAACGAGGAGGGGGACACGGCCUUGCACGAGGCCGUGAGGAAUCACCACCCGGUCGCUGUCCAGUUGUUGACGGGGGAAGAUCCAGAGUUUUGUCAUCCGGCUAAUAAGGCGGAGGAGACUCCGCUUUACUUGGCCGCGGAGAGAGGUUAUGUUGGUUUGCUGUGUGUGAUAUUGGAGAAUUGCGACGCUCUGGUGCACGGUGGCCCUGGUGGCAGGACGGCUUUACAUGCGGCUGUAGUUCACAACUUUGAAGGAUGUACCAAGAAAUUAAUUGACUGGAAGCCAACUCUCUGCAAACAAGCCGAUGCCUGUGGGUGGACACCCCUCCACUAUGCUGCGCUCUUUGGUCAUGUGACAAGGGCAAAAGAGCUACUAAACACAGACAAGUCGGUUGCAUACAUAGCAGAAAAAGACAACAAGAAGAUUGCUCUACAUUUAGCAGCUAGCCAAGGCCAUGUCCGCGUAAUGGAAGAGCUUAUAUCACGAUGUCCGGAUUGCUGGGAGAUGGUUGAUGGCAGGGGCCAAAAUAUCCUUCACAUUGCAGCAAAAUACAAGAAAAAGAGGGCAAUCAAAUUUAUCUUGGAAAAAUUCUCCUUCAGCGGCCUUAUAAAUCAAAAAGACCGUGAUGGAAACACCCCUCUACAUUUACUUGCUGCUUCUGGUUGCUGUCAAGCUUCUCUCAUAAAGCACCCUAAAUCGGACAGGAUGGCCUUCAACAAGGAAAAUUUGACUCCUGUGGACGUAAUCUGCAAAAACAAAAAUGUUGGAGCAGUGGUUUUCACUAAAUGUAUAUUUAGAUGUGCCGGCGGUAAGCUGGGUCAGCGAGAUGUAUUAAGCAGAGACAAGGGUGAAAUGAAAGCUAGAGAGAAAUAUAAUGCAGAGGAAAAACAAUCAACAUCGUACGUCAAACGAGUAAUUGAAGCCAUUUGUUGUUUGUGAGGAUGAAAUGAAAGCCAGAGAGAAAUACAAUGCAGAGGAAAAACAAUCAACAUCGCAAGUCAAACGAGUAAUUGAAGCCAUUUGUUGUUUGAGGAAUCUCCACCAUCUGUUAGGCAUUUUGUGUUCACGGACGCCAUGGGCGCUGGUUUCUUUGUUAGUGGCUGCGCUCACGGCAACAGUAUCCUUCGUUGUUGGUUUCACUAGCGAGGGCGACAACAAUGGCAACGAAACAAGUCAACAUCUAAAGCAUUUGUCAUAAAGAUGGUAUGGCGAUGAUUUUCUCCACCAUAGCUCUGUUUAAUUAUUACCCUCUAUGUGGGAGAAAUUUCCGACAGCAAUAACCUUAUGAAACACCAUGCCUCAGCUAGAUUUCUCACCAUCAAUGCCAUGGAAGCAAUGGCUCUUGUGUUCAUUAAAAGCAUGUAUUCUGUGUUCGCAUGUUCAUUAGGGGCCGUGAUGAUUACCUUGUGUUUUGGGGGC